CCCUGCCUUCAACGAUAAUGGAUUCCCUUUCUAGGAAUACUUCGGAUAACGAGCAAUCUAAGGAAACUUCGGACGAAUCAAAGAAACAACCCGAAUCAAAACCUCUUGAAAACAAACCAGAUUCUUCAGCUUCUUCACGUUCCGAUGAUCUAAACGCAAGCUCUGCUCCCGAGGCCUCAGGGACUUCUACCAUCGUACCUCCAAGUGAGAAUCAGCAACAGAAGACCGACCUGGACGGUUCACCGCCUACCACCUGGCUGGACAAUCUGGCUGGAUCCAGACCACCAACAACCAAUUUGGACCCCAUAACGAUAACGACAACUACGAAUGCAUCAAAUUCACCUGCUUCUUUGAAUAUUGAGCAUUUUGAUUUUAAAGAUCAUGAGAUCGGCACUCCUACAGUUGAAGACAAUAUUUCACAGAUGCCUUUU